AUGCCAAUACAGGACCAGAAGGAAUCACUGUAUAUAGGCCCAAACGAGAGAGAAUCCCACCCGAGGCACCUCAAAAAUAGCAGUAAGGUAUACUGGGUAGAGUCCAAGAGGAUUAAUACGAGCAGAAUAUCCAAUCUAGUCAAGACCUCCCUACCAAAUACGGAAGCUGGAGCCAAGAAGACAGGAAUCCGCAAGAGUAUGAAAGUACAGAUGUGGAGGCGCAGCCUACUGAACAAGCAAGAAUACAAGGAACAGACCGAAGGAAUAAGUAUAAGGGCGAAGACUCUGGCCCCACAGAUAAAGAGUGAUCAAAGGAGAAACAGGACGGGUGAUCCUGACAUCUUACGGUUAAGCAGCGGCAGUCACAAUAGAUCUGAAGACAGCAGAGCUAAGUACUAA